AUGGAUAGUCUCGUUGCUGCUGUCCGCAGAGCCGAGGACGGUCACAUUGACUUCAAGCUCUACCGAUACGUCCCGUCGCUCCCUGCAGCUGUCGUCAGUCUCGCCGUGUUUGGGCUUUUGACGAUACUUCACACCUGGCGCCUCGUGCGCGCCCGGGCCUACUACUUUACGGCCUUUGCAAUUGGCGGUGCAUUCCAAACUAUUGGCUAUGCCGGAAGGCUGUGGUCACACUUUGACAGUUCGUCCGUUUCUGCAUACUCAAUACAGGCCAUUCUCAUCCUUGUCGCUCCGGCCCUCUUCGCGGCGUCCAUCUACAUGAUACUUGGCCGGCUGAUUCGAACUCUUGGCGCCAGUCACUUGUCGCUCAUCCCCGUUGCGUGGCUGACUACCCUCUUUGUCAUGGGAGACGUUCUCUCAUUUACGCUUCAAGCCGGUGGCGGCGGUGUCCAAGCCUCUGGAACCAUUGAAAUGUACAAUCUCGGCGAAAAGCUCAUUGUCGUCGGCCUGUUUGUCCAAAUCGCCGUCUUUGGCUUUUUCGUCGCCACAUCUAUCCUCUUUCACUACCGCAUAGCUACAGCACCGACGCACGCAGCUACCCACGGGGUGGUUCCGUGGAAACGACAUCUUUUUGUUCUCUACACCACUAGCACCAUCAUCCUGGUCAGGAGCGUCUUUCGGGUGGUCGAGUAUCUGCAGGGAAAUGGCGGCUAUCUCAUCUCCCACGAGGUGUUCCUAUACAUUUUUGAUAUGCUUCUCAUGGUUGCUGUCAUGGCCAUUUUCCUCGUCUACUAUAUAGACGACCUAGAGUCGAAGCGGGCGCGCAAGGGAAAGGACAACACGACCCUGCAGUGUGAGGCGGACUCCAGCGACGGCAUGCUGCAUGAAUUCCCUCGAAAAUAA